AUGGCUUCCAGGGAGCUCAGACAAUUCACGAGAGACGAGGUUUCGCAGCAUAACAAGCCGGACGACCUGUGGAUUAUUGUCGACUCCAAAGUAUAUGAUGUCACCAGAUUUAAAGAUCUCCAUCCCGGAGGCGCGUCGGUAUUCCUCGAAGAGGAUAUUAGCGGUCGAGACGCGACCGAAGCCUUCUAUGGGCUUCACCGUCACGAGGUGCUCAAGAGGCCUCAAUACGCUCGCUUGCAAAUUGGUACAGUCCAAGGCGAGCAGAGUAUCGUGAUUGAUGGCGUACCUGGUGAGGUUAGUAAAGUACCCUAUGCGGAGCCAACUUGGCUUGUCGAAGGAUACUACAGCCCGUACUUCACGGAGAACCAUAGGCAGUUCCAGAAGAUUGUCAGGAAGUUUGUUGACGAAUUCGUUGUCCCGGACGCUCGAGCUAGAGAGGAAGACGGCAAACGGCCGUCGCAAAGUGUAAUUGACAAGAUGGCCGAGAUGAACAUCCACGCCAUGCGUAUGGGACCCGGAAAGCAUCUCAAGGGACUCAAGUUGAUGGGUGGUAUCGUUGCACCUGAAGAGUUCGACUACUUCCACGAAUUAAUCAUUACCCAGGAACUUGUCCGAUGUGGUUCACGCGGCUACGGAGAUGGUCUCUAUGGCGGUGUCGUCAUUGGUCUUCCACCUGUCAUGAAUUUUGGGGCUCCUCACCUCAAGGAGCGCAUCACGAAAGAGACGCUCUCGGGACAGAAAUUUAUCUGCCUCGCUAUUUCUGAAGCUUUCGCUGGUUCCGAUGUAGCGGGGUUGAAGACCGCCGCGAAGAAGACUGAAGACGGCAAGCACUGGGUCAUCAAUGGAACUAAGAAGUGGAUCACCGACGGAAUGUAUGCGGACUACUUUGUGGUCGGUUGCAAGACUGAGAACGGACUUACAGUGAUCCUCGUCGAGCGAGGUGAUGGCGUAGAGACCAAAUCUAUCAAGACAUCCUACUCUCCUACCGCCGGCACAGCUUAUAUCACCUUCGACAACGUCAAGGUGCCCGUAGAGAAUACUUUGGGUCCUGAGGGCGGAGGCGCCUUUGUGAUUCUCAGUAACUUCAACCAUGAGCGAUGGGUGAUGUGCUGUGGUUCGGCCAGAUCGCAGCGCGUUAUUGUUGAAGAAUGCUUAAAGUGGGUCAGCCAGCGCAAGGCGUUCGGCAAGCCCCUCAGCUCUCAGGCUGUUAUUCGCAGCAAACUUGCCCAGAUGAUUGCGCGCACUGAGAGCGUACAUAACUGGCUCGAGAAUGUUACAUAUCAGAUGAACAACAUGAAUUAUAAGAAGCAGGCGCAGUUACUUGCUGGGCAAAUCGGUCUAUUAAAAAUGUAUUCCACGCGUUGCGCACAGGAGACCGCGCGAGAUGCCGUUCAGAUAUUUGGUGGCAGAGGUGUUACGAAGACGGGCAUGGGAAGCGCAAUCGAGCAUUACCACCGAACGGUGACGUUCGAUUCCCUACUCGGAGGAGCUGAGGAUGUCCUGGGCGACCUAGGAGUACGACAGGCACUGAAGAACAUGCCAAAGGACACUAGACUAUGA